AUGAAUACAAAGGUAUUUAAAAUAAUGAAUGUUGAAAAUGCCAAAACUGCAGUAUUAUUACCUAGUGAAAAUCUUCCAUCAGAUUCACUUGUCAUCGAGGGUUACGAUUGGAAUAAAGGAAUAAUUUAUGAAGAUAUAUUUAAAAAAUAUAUAACAACUGGUUUUCAAGCGACAAAUUUAGGUUUAGCAGUAGAAGAAGUUAAUAAAAUGCUUGAACAUAAAAGGGAAAACUAUGUUAGUGAAAAUGAUUUUGAUGAUGAAUGGCCUUGCCCUAAAUCAAAUUGCACCAUUUUUCUAGGAUAUACAUCAAAUAUGAUUUCAUGUGGUUUAAGGGAAACUAUAAAAUUCUUAGUUCAACAUAAGUUAGUCGAUUGUAUUGUGACCACAGCAGGUGGAGUUGAAGAAGAUUUAAUUAAAUGUUUAGCUCCAACAUAUUUAGGAAAUUUUAAUUUAGAUGGGAAAACAUUAAGGGAAAAAGGAAUUAAUAGAAUAGGAAAUUUAUUAGUUCCAAAUAAUAAUUACUGUUUAUUCGAAGAUUGGAUUUUACCAAUAUUUGACAAAAUGGUUGAAGAACAAAAAGAAAAAAAUAUUAUAUGGUCUCCUUCUUCAAUUAUAGCCAGAUUGGGAGAAGAAAUAAACAAUACAGACUCUGUCUAUUAUUGGGCAGCAAAAAAUAAAAUUCCAGUAUUUUGUCCUGCUUUGACUGAUGGCAGCAUAGGGGAUAUGAUGUUUUUUCAUUCGUAUAAAAAUCCAGGUUUAGUCGUUGAUAUAUUAAGUGAUUUGAAAAAAAUUAAUUCCAUAUCUUUAAAAUCAAAAAAAACAGGAAUGUUAAUUUUAGGUAGUGGUGUUGUUAAACAUCACAUUUGCAAUGCCAAUUUGAUGAGGAAUGGUGCUGAUUAUUCUGUUUUUAUUAAUACUAGUAAUGAAUUUGAUGGUAGCGAUAGUGGAGCCAGACCUGAUGAAGCUAUUUCCUGGGGUAAAAUUAAAAAAAAUGCUAAUCCAGUUAAAGUGUAUGCAGAUGCGACAAUUGUUUUCCCAUUGCUUGUAGCUCAAACAUUUGCUAAAUUUCAUCAUGAAAAACAAAUCCUAAUUUAA